GGAAUGAUUCAGGUUAACUUUCGGGUGUAUUCUUGUCAUAGUUUCAACUUAGAAAUGACAAAACAAGCGACCACUACUAAGUUGCUGAAGCAGUUUAAUGUUUGCUGCAGCUACAUUCCAGAGGUAGAGAAUCAACAAUCAAACGGCACUAUGGUAGAAGUGAGCAUACCGAUAGGUUAUGCAAUGGAUAACCACAGUGUAAUGGAGAAUUCAACCUCCAAUCCGAUCAGUAAAACCGAGGUACUGCACGAUGGGACGACUGUAUUGGUAUAUUACAACAGAAUGGGUGUCGAGACGAAUUGCUUUAUUGUUUUCGCGUACAAAAGGUUUAGUAUGCCAGUCAAACGACCAUCGUACGUCAGAAUCCAAGAUUCCCAGCGUCCAGAACUAAAUGCAUUGAAGAUGUUCGAGUUCUACAGUGAUCGAGAUUGAUUUUGGCGCAUCUUUAAUCCAC